AGUUUAUGGUGUAGUUUUUGUAAACAAGGCCUGAAUAUUAUUCACCAUUCGUUUCCAAGCUUCGAAGACGAUCACAACAACAAAGCAAGCCUGUUAUUUAAUGGCUAUUUUUUCUCGCUCGGGUGUUCGUUUGGGAAAUCUUAUCAAAAAAACCUCAAGAUUGUGUUAUGUCUCCCAACAUACCGCAGUUAAUGCCCCCCAGUAUGUGACUGCUGGUUGUGAGGAACCCACUGGUCCGAUUCUACGGACCAGCAUCCCUGGCCCCGAGUCUCAGAAAUUGACUCAAGAACUUGACCAAAUUCAGAAUGCUGGAUCAGUCCAGUUCUUUGUGGAUUAUGCUAAAAGCCAAGGAAACUACAUCACAGACGUGGACGGCAAUGUUUUGCUGGAUCUCUUUACACAGAUUGCAUCCAUUCCAAUUGGAUACAAUCACCCCAACCUGCUGCAGGUCAUGAGUCAACCAGAGAAUUUGAGUACCUUUAUAAACAGACCAGCACUGGCUGUUUUCCCACCCAAGGACUGGGUUCGGCACCUCAAAAAUGCUCUGCUAUCUGUGGCACCACCGGGAAUGCAUCAGGUGCAGACCAUGGCCUGUGGAGCCUGCUCAAUUGAACAUGGACAAAAAGCAAUGUUUAUUACACACCAAAGAAAAAAGAGGGGAGGGUUGCCUCCCACACAGGAAGAACUAACUUCCUGUCUGUACAACAAGGAACCGGGGUGUCCAGACCUUACUGUUCUCUCCUUCUCAGGGGCUUUUCAUGGAAGAACAAUGGGUGCUCUUGGAAUAACCCACUCCAAAUGGAUCCACAAGCUGGACUUCCCUACUCCAGACUGGCCGAUGGCAACCUUUCCGAAACUGAAGUACCCUCUGCAUGAGAAUGAAAGAGAAAAUAUGGAGAUAGAGAAUCGCUCUCUAGAUGAGGUACGGGAGAGAAUUGAGGAGUACAACAAGAGGGGACGCCCUGUUGUAGGCUGUUGUAUUGAACCAAUUCAGGCAGAAGGGGGAGACAACUUUGCUUCACCCAGAUUUUUUCAGGAGCUUCAAAAGAUUUGCAAAGAGAAUGAAGUAGUAUUAUUGAUGGAUGAGGUCCAGACAGGCUGUGGGUCCACCGGGAAAUUCUGGGCACAUGAACACUUUGACCUUCCUGAGGCCCCAGAUAUUGUGGCCUUCAGCAAGAAAAUGUUGACUGGAGGCUUCUACUACAAAGAAGAUCUCAGACCAAAAGAGGCUUUCCGCAUCUUUAACACGUGGGUUGGUGACUCCUCCAAGGUUCUGCUGUUGGAGGCUGUAAUUAACACAAUUAAGAAGUAUAAUCUGCUGGACAACGUCAAGGAGACUGGACAGUAUCUUCAGAAUGGACUUCAUGAAAUGGAGAAAAAAUUCCCUCACUGCGUUUCUAAUGUGAGAGGUCUGGGCACAUUUUGCUCUGUAGACUUCCCUGAUGCAGCAUUCCGAGACGGCGUUAUUAUGAAACUAAGAAACAGAGGUGUUCAUGCUGGUGCCUGUGGAGACAGAUCCAUGCGAUUCCGUCCAACACUGAUUUUCCAAAAGCAUCAUGCUGACAUAUUUUUUGAUGCAUUCGAGAAAACUCUUCAGGAGAGCAGCCAGUGAAAAAUCUGCCAUAUUAUAAUGUUGACAACUAAUGUCUCAUUAUGUUAACAGUGUACAGUACUUUUUGAUAUACUCUGAUUCGGGGUCUGGUUAGUGCCAGUUUUUUGUUGUUUUUUUUUGUAAUUGUAAACUUACAUUUGUUGAACAAACCUUUACCAUUCAACGCAAUCUUGUAGCAUUUAGAUCUAUUACCUUAUGCAAAAUGUUUUGUUGUUGUGUGAUUGUGAUCAUGUGGAAAUGUAAUUCAUUUUUCGUAUGUGUGUGUGAGGCUAAUUUUAGAUACUCAGAUAACAUUCAUUAAAUAUGAGUGUUUAAAAAAGACGUGGACUUUUGCUGAAAGUAUUAAACUUACAAAUGAAUUGCUGAUGAAUGAAUGAUAUUGUUUUGAGGAAACACUUAGAUCUCUUUUUCAAGAAAAAAAAAAUUAUUAUACAGAUAGACCUUUAUAAUUAGAUGUGGACAUUUUUAAUUUACAUGUCUGUUUAUAAUUUGCGUCCGUUUUAUGGACUAGUAAUGUACAGUAUGCAUAAACAGUUUUUAUUAAAAAAAUCUACGAUC